AUGCACAAAAACUAUCCAAAUGCUAUUUCCAAAGAUGAAGAGAAGAAUUUAACUGAAGUGGCGUUGUGUAAGUCGGCAGAUGCUGUGCUAGCAGUUGGACAAAAGCUAGCAGAUGCUCUCUCCACUCAGCUCUGUUCAUGCAAGAGUGAGGACGACAUCCUUCAACUGACUCCUGGAACUUUCCAUGAGUUCUCUGAUGUAAAACAAACCCUAAAGGAGCGUAACAAGUUCAAGGUACUGACGUUUGGCCGUGGUGACCCAGAGGACUUCAGCUUGAAGGGCUACAAUAUCUCUGCUAGAGCACUAGCUGAACUGAAAGACAGGUCUUACCAUCUGAUUUUCGUGGGUGCACCUGACGGUAAACAGGAUGAGGUUGCAAAGAACUUACUCAAGAGUGGAAUUGAUAAGGACCAGCUGACUGUGAGGAAGCUCGUGAGAAGCAAAGAGAGAUUGAAAGAAUUAUUUUGUGAAGUUGAUCUCUACAUCAUGCCCUCCAGAACAGAGGGGUUUGGUCUGACAGCAUUAGAAGCGUUGUCUGCUGGUCUUCCCAUUCUUAUCAGUGAAAACUCAGGAUUUGGUGAAGCAUUGUGCACUGUACCAUCAGGCAAAUCAUUUGUGGUGGAGUCUGAGGACCCUCAGGAGUGGGCAAAGGCAAUUGCUGGUGUCCGACAGAAGGAAAGAUCGAAUCAACUUCAAGAUAUUCAACUACUGAGGAGUUUAUACGAAGAGAAAUUUAGCUGGGAGAAACAGUGUGAUAGUCUUGUGGAGAAGAUGUGGGACAUAGUUCAUGAUGAGAAUGUUUUGAAUAUCCUUCAAAAAGUGUUCCAGGGGGCUACUCGGCUUUCGGUCUCUAAUUAACUGUGAUGGAAAGCAUGAACACCUCAUAUAAAAAAGAUGUUAAACAUAAAUAGUAAUCAGUUGCUUUAUUCUGUUGUUGAUUGUUGUAGUAUUAAAACAAAAAUUUAUUUCUAUCUUUUUAGCUUCUAAAAGACGAGACACAAGAAUCAGAGAUCGGCAGGUCGAAGUUAUUGACAAGUCAGCCGAACAACUAACAGUGGAUUCAUCAUUGAGUCCAAGUGAGUAAUAAAAUAUUAAUAACACAUGAUAAUUGACAUCCCCCAAAGAGGUAUUGGAAGGUUACUAGGAGAUCUCGCUAUUUUCUUUUCUUAACUUUUGACUUCAGGCCAGCUAUGCUUCGUAAAAACUUAGUAAGGCACUUUUUACUUAUGAGAAAUGUUUUCAUUUAUACCCCUGCGCUCUUCAGUCACAAACUCAAGAUGUGCAAAAAAAUUUGAUAUUCUUUUACUCUCUGAUGCAGACAGACGAAUUAGUGUUAUUUAUUUCUUUUAGUCAUCUGAAGUUUUUAAGUUGAUGUUGGUAUGUCUAUUAGUGUAGGUAACGUGAUGUUAUUGAAAGAGUAUGAUAAAGGUUUAGUGAUAACACGGGCCAUAUCGUUAGCACUACCAGAACCUAUCCCUGUGUUCACAGCGUAAAAUGAUCAGGAGUACUGUUACUCCUCCUUUAUGGAAUGAUGGUCUUUUUUCUGGAGCUCUGAUACCAGCUUGAACCCCCAGUGAAAAAGGGACCUUGAUAGAGUUAACUGUAUCACUUAAGAAACCACACAGUGACGUUGGUUACAGUUAAAUUCAUAUGUUACUUAACGUGGGGUCCGAAGAAGCCAGUCACCACAGUUUUAGUCAUUUGAAUCUUUCAGUUUCAAAAAGUUUCUUUAAACCUCCAUCAGAUGGCAGAAUUUUGGUCAUUCCCUGAAUGAUGGAUCUUUCCUGUUGUUUUCCGGCUGUUUGCGAAGCGUUUUGGAAUAUACACGGCCGUUUUGAAGGACGUUUCAAUGACAAAAUUUGUUACUAUGCAGUAAAUUGCUAAUUAAAGGUCUAUCCCAUAGCAAUGAUGUAAUCAUUACGCCACAUUGUCCAGUUGACGAAAGCAAACCUCUUGUGCUGGGACUUAUUUAUGAGUUGCACUAUGUCAGCCUUCAACCCGUGCAAGGUACAACUCAUUACAUUACUCCAAUUAAUUGUAAUGUCUGUUUUAUAGUGAUAUUUGUUAGUUAGGAUCCUUAAUAUUCUUUUCAUUACCGAGUUGAAAACAGUCACCCUUUUUGUUGUUCGAUUUGUUACUUUGCUCAUUUAACACAAAUCAUGAAGUUUGUGGUUUUCAUAUUUCAUGCUUCAUCGCUGGCUCCCAUCUCAAUAAUCAAACGCAAUUCAUGCACUCUGUUGUUCUCCCUUGCCGUUUAAUCACAGUGUUCUGAUUAUCGUGUUUACAGGUUAAAGUGGAAGGCCCCUACAGUCACUUUAAUCGGCUCUUGUGACGAGCCUGGCCAAAAAUGACUUCAUAGGCAUACAGACUAUUGAUGCAAAUUGGCCAACCAGAGAUUUCUUCAGCCUGAUUUAUCUAAUGGAAACUUUAAAAUCUUAGAUUUAAUUAGAAGUUUUUUGACGUUAGUUUUCCAAUGAAUCGCAUGAAAAGAAAAACAACCCAAAUGACGAAGGGGCGUAAAGAAAAGACAUCACACCGUGAAAAGUUAUCGUAACUGUGCAAAAGUGUACAUGUCUACUAGGAACAAAACACUAUCACUAGUGUGAAACUUCAUUUAAGGGGUUUGAAACAUGAACGCGUUUACUAUUAAUUUUGAUGGACUAACAAAAACAUUUUUUGCUACGUACCAUCUGCAUGUACAACUGAAUAAGAAAUAUGUACAAUUUCAGUCAACAAGCGAGUUAUUCAAUGUAUUCUUCAUAUAUCGAUAUUUUUAAAACGAAAUCGAGGUAAUUCCUAUAGAAAGAAAAAAUAGAACAUUUGAUCACGGUUUAAAUCACACUGUCGAUCAGAAUGUUGCUUUAGGCUAUAUAGCACCAUGAUCUCAGCAAUGCAUGAAUAAACAGCACUUAGAGUAAUGUGCCUUUCUCCCAGAUUUAGAAGGAAAUCGAUAAUUGAGAUAAACUGCAGAAGUGCAUUGGCUUGAAAUGCCUAUACCGAUGAAAAUGUAAAAAUUAGACAAACGAGAUUUCAAGGGUUCAAAACUCCAGUCUGAACCGGGUGGGUUGGAAACGUUCCAAAUAAUGGUACUUUGCUUAAGUUUAGGCCGGAGCUGUUUUCAUAUCAAAUUGAUGUCAUGUUUCAUUUCGAUUGAAUUUAUUUUCCUUACGUUCAACUUUAAAAAGCAUUUCAGAGCAUUUAGAGCCAUAACUCAACAUGGCGUCAUGGAACACUCCAAAAAAUUUUGCACUCUACGCCUAAUUUCGAUACUGGCACUGACGAAGCCACCUCCAUCACCGAUUAAGAUCACAAGGUCUCUGUUGUGAGGGAAUCAUUGCGCUGAUAAAGAUUGUGUGACCCCACAAAGUUGACAACAAAAUACGCCACGAUUUGUUUCCCUACAAUCACGACUAUACUAUAAACCAUUGAGACAGUCCAAGAGUCAUAGUUAGCUUUUUGGAUGCCUUGUCGUAUCUCGCGACCCGCUUCUCGCCUCUCACACCAGCAGUUCCAUUUCUCGUUCCUGCAACAUUUUUUGGUGCGUUGUGCCUCGUUUGUCGACCUUGGUUUUCUCAAGUGAAAAUGAGGUUUCAUUUGAUUGGCUUCUUCAUUGUCACUUACGAAGAAAAAAAGGAAGGUUCAUUGGAGAUUAACAACAAUCCUUUCGGAAUCCAGUUAUGAACCAAACAAUAACUAUUGUUAGCGAUUUCCAUUUCCUCAGCGGGACUUGGAAUUAAGCUAAUGAAUGAUUGGAAUAGUUUAUCUAAUUAUAUUAGAGAAUAAAAUAUUGUUGCAGCCUUUAACAGGAAUGUUUUAAAUUUUAUUGAGGAUAAUUAGAACUUUUAUUUCUAUAUUUGUAUAUACUUUUCUUACACCUUAGGACAUCCCUAGCAUGGUGCGUCAGCGCUUUUGGUUGUCUCCUUCACAAGGUCUCUUUAUUGCGGUGAUGAAUUUAAUUUAAUAACUAUUUGUAAUCUAGUGGAGUGAAUCUGUAAUAAAAAUAAACGAAAGAGAUCAAAGGAGCAAAAUAAUAGUGAAACACGUGUGAUUUAAAACUCUGUAAAUUUCCUUUCUUCCCUAACACCAGUUUUACAUGUUCUCCAUACUACUCCCUAGACAUUUCCAAGGGUUCUGACAAGGAGAAUUUGUUCAACAAUCAAGAGCUUCUUUAUUUUAUCAACUCCUUUAUUCAUUUAUUAUCACGAGCUUAAUGUUGUCAGGAGAAAUUAGAUGUUAGUCACUUUGAGGGGUUAAAGGGUUAAACACCGAUUUUUACGUCCCCUUACCAAUGAAACCUUGACAGCAAUUAAAUCGCGUUUUUACUUUGAAAUCAACAAAAUGCCAACGUUUUAUCACACGUCGUCGUAGUGAAAUCUUAACUCCCUCAGUUCAAACGCGACAACAACCUCGAGAAACUUCACUCCGGAAUCCCGGGGUUGUAAGACUGAAUGUAAACUCGGGCUAUUUUCGAUCAUAGCCAGGCGAGUUACCUCGCCUACCUGGGGUCUGGGAAAUGCCGAAUAGAGCACCGUGCCUAAUAGAGUGCGACUCAAAAAUUAUGACUGAUUGUGCAAUUGAAGCCAAGUGGUUACUCAGUAUUUGUGACGCAAGAUACGGCUUUGUCAAAUUGCUCUUGCUAUAAACACUGUUUAGUGCCGCUCCCGCUAAGAGCGGUCCUCUCGACUUCCUGUCGGAAAAAGGUUUUCUUUUAUUUUUUGCCCAUUUAAGGGGUUUAGGACACAUGUUUCAAAAAUAGUUUAGUUGUUCUCCAAUUCUCUUUUCUUGCUUCGCCACAAGCCAAAAAUCAUUUUUGGCCAGACCACCCCUGUGAACAGCGAUCGAAAGUGUCAAUUUCAAAGAUUUUGUCUAAAAAAUUAAAAUUGAAUCAGUUACACUCUGCUGGAGGGGACAGUAACAUCACUAAGCUGAAUCCAUGCUUCCUUUCGCAUUCUCUGUUGACUUCGGAGACGCAACAGGCACAACACUGCUUAUGGAUGCUGCUUUGCGUAUCAAUGUUCAAGUGGUAUAGAGUUUGAUUCAGGGAGGAGGGGAUCCGUCCCUGAUGGACAACAAAGGAUGGAAUUCGUUACAUUUCGCCUCACAGGGAGGAGACACUGAUAUCAUUGAUCUUAUCCGGCCCAUACUCACCUGCCCAACAUUGAGUCAAAACCAGACGAGGGUUGGACGCCACUAAUGAUGGCGGCUUGGUGUGGCAAAUUACAUGCAGUGCAAUGGUUUCUUGAGAAGGGGGCAACUGAAACUUCUGUUGAUAGCAAUGAAUGGAAUAUAUUACAUUUUGCCGCACAGGGCAGUGACCCUGAUACCAUUGAUCUUAUCCAUACUCACUUGUUGAACAUUGAGUCAAAAACAGGCGGUGGUUGGACGCCACUAAUGGUGGCUGCUGUGAAUAGCAAAUUACAUGCAUUGCAAUGGUUUCUUGAGAAGGGGGCAAUUGUAACCUGUGAAGACAUUAGGGGAUGGAAUUCGUUACAUAUGGCCGCACUGGGCGGAGACACUGAUAUCACUGAUCUUAUCCAUACUCACUUGCCGAACACUGAGUCAAAAACAGGCGAGGGUUGCACAGCACUAAUGGCGGCGGCUUUAUGUGGCAAAUUACAUGCGGUGAAAUGGUUUCUUGAGAAGGGGGCAACUGUAACUUCU